UCUGAAGGAUAAAGCCGCUACACCGGGAUGUGGAGGUAGGACCGAGUCCAGAAAAACGCAGAUUAAAAGCAGGUUUUAGGCACUUGUGUUAAACUUUAUCGGAUUUAUAGUUCCAAGUGUGAAAACGACCACGAAACACGCCCCCGUGUGGCUUCUGUCCUGUUGUUUGGCGGACUUCAGUGAGUAGGAGGUUCAGGAGUGUUCAGGUCAGUGAAGUUAACGGUGAAGUUGGACCGGACCGAAGAACCGGAAGAACCAACAAAACUAACCCCACCAGAGGAGCAGAGGAAGCCGAGCAGCCAGUGUUGUGGAGAGAACACGCGUAGCAGAGAAGCGCGAGGAGAAGGGAUUCAGAAAGAAAAAAACACAGUCCAGCUAUCGGCUUUCCUGAGGGAGCUGUGUCAUGGGGAAACAGAACAGUAAACUGAGGCCCGAGGUCCUGAACGACCUGAGAGAAAACACAGAAUUCACCGACCACGAGCUGCAGGAGUGGUACCGAGGCUUCCUCAAAGACUGUCCGACCGGUCACCUGACUGUCGAGGAGUUCAAGAAGAUCUACGCCAACUUCUUCCCCUACGGAGACGCUUCGAAGUUCGCCGAGCACGUGUUCCGCACUUUCGACACGAACGGAGACGCCACCAUCGACUUCAGGGAGUUCAUCAUCGCCUUGAGCGUGACGUCUCGCGGAGGGCUGGAGCAGAAGCUACGCUGGGCUUUCAGCAUGUAUGACCUGGACGGGAACGGGUACAUCAGCCGGGCAGAGAUGUUGGAGAUAGUCCAGGCAAUAUACAAGAUGGUGUCAUCGGUGAUGAAGAUGCCUGAGGAUGAAUCAACACCAGAGAAACGGACAGACAAGAUUUUCAGACAGAUGGACAUCGACAAUGACGGUAGACUGUCCUUGGAGGAGUUCAUUAAAGGUGCCAAGAGCGACCCUUCCAUUGUCAGACUUCUGCAGUCGGAUCAGGGGGCCUCACGUCAGUUCUGAGAAUAGAGACAGUGACACACACACACACACACACACAGACGCCCCAAAUAUCCAUCCAGCUUUUGGUGUUCACCCAAUAGAAGCUCUGUCAUUUCCACCCCCACCCCCCCCCUCACCAGA